AUGGAUACGCACAUCGGGGGGUUCGACGUGGUGAAGGCGCCGAGCAUCGACGUGGGCGCCCUCCCCUCCAACAACUGCCACACUGUCAGCCCCUCCUCGUCCCCCGUCUCUCAGGCGGAGGCCACCCUCGGUCGACACAUCGCCCGCCGGCUCGUCCAGAUCGGCGUCACCGAUGUCUUCACCGUUCCCGGUGACUUCAACCUCACCCUGCUCGACCACCUCAUCGCCGAGCCAGGGCUCACUAACAUUGGCUGCUGCAACGAGCUUAACGCCGGCUACGCCGCCGAUGGCUAUGCUCGGUCGCGUGGCGUAGGGGCCUGCGUCGUCACCUUCACGGUUGGUGGCCUGAGCAUUCUCAACGCCAUUGCCGGGGCCUACAGCGAGAACCUGCCCGUGAUCUGCAUCGCCGGAGGCCCCAAUUCUAACGACUAUGGAACCAGUAGAAUCCUGCAUCACACCAUCGGCCUCCCCGACUUCAGCCAGGAGCUCCGGUGCUUCCAGACCGUCACCUGCUACCAGGUUCCCCAAAAUAAAUCUCAUCUGAGCGCGAUGCAGAACGAUCUAUAACUCAAACUUGUGAUUUCUAAUUGUCGCUUAAUUCAGGCCAUUGUGAAUAAUCUGGACGAUGCUCACGAACAAAUCGACACUGCGAUCUCAACCGCGCUGAAGGAGAGCAAGCCGGUAUACAUCAGCGUAAGCUGCAAUCUAGCAGCAAUCCCUCAUCCCACCUUCAGUCGCGACCCAGUGCCCUUCUACCUCUCCCCCAGGUAAUAAUUAAAUCUUUCCACCUCUGAUCAUGUGGGAAUCAAAAUAUUCUCGUCAGGAAUCGACCCUAUCAUGAUCUAUUUGUUUAUUAAUUCAUUCGUAAUGCGCUCGCCGAAUCCAGGGUGAGCAACCCCGCCGGUCUGGAGGCCGCCGUGCAGGCCGCUGCCGAUUUCCUGAACAAGGCUGUGAAGCCGGUCAUGGUGGGCGGGCCCAAGCUCCGCGUGGCCAAGGCCACCGAGGCGUUCGUCGAACUGGCCGACACUUCCGGCUACGCAGUGUCGGUGAUGCCGUCGGCCAAGGGCUUGGUUCCCGAACACCUCCCCAGGUUCAUCGGAACCUACUGGGGCGCCGUCAGCACGGCCUUCUGCGCCGAGAUUGUGGAGUCCGCCGACGCCUAUCUCUUCGCCGGGCCCAUCUUCAACGACUACAGCUCUGUGGGAUACUCCCUUCUGCUCAAGAAGGAGAAGGCCAUCAUCGUUCAGCCGGAGCGGGUGGUGAUCGCCAACGGGCCCACGUUCGGGUGCGUCCUGAUGAAGGACUUCCUCUUUGCCCUAUCCAAGAGGUUGAACAAGAACACGACCGCCUUUGAGAACUACCAGCGGAUCCACGUGCCGGCGGGAGUCCCUCUGGAGUGCGGACCCGACGAGCCGCUGAGAGUCAACGUGCUCUUCAAGCACGUUCAGGAAAUGUUGUCGGGCGGGACGGCGGUGGUUGCCGAGACUGGAGAUUCGUGGUUCAACUGCCAGAAGCUCAGAUUACCAGAGGGUUGCGGGUAAGCUAAAGCAGCGGCGAUGCUUCGUCGUCGUUCGAUUCUCCCAAAAAUCUAUUUGCAACUGACCUGAAGCUUCUUCUUCUUCUUCUUCUUCGUCUUCAUCCUCGUAGAUAUGAGUUUCAAAUGCAGUAUGGAUCCAUCGGCUGGUCGGUGGGGGCAACGCUGGGGUACGCCCAGGCAGCUAAGAACAAGCGGGUGAUUGCUUUCAUCGGCGAUGGCAGCUUCCAGGUACGCUGAAAUCAUAUUUCUUCAUCCCUGUUUAAUCCCCUUCCUCCUGAUCAGAACUCAUCUUGCUUCUUCCCCCGCUGAACCCAGGUCACCGCCCAAGAUGUAUCAACAAUGCUCCGCGCCCAGCAGAACCCCAUCAUCUUCCUCAUAAACAAUGGCGGCUACACCAUCGAGGUGGAGAUCCACGACGGCCCCUACAAUGUCAUCAAGAACUGGAACUACACCGGCCUCGUGGACGCCAUCCACAACGGGCAGGGCAAGUGCUGGACCACCAAGGUAUGUCCAUGGUCCCUCCUCCCCAUUUCUCACAGCAUGGAACCUGCCGCGAAUCCAUCGGUCUGACCAUCUGCUUGUGCAGGUACGCUACGAGAAGGAGCUUACGGAGGCGAUCGAGACGGCGGUGGAGGUGAAGAAGGACUGCCUCUGCUUCAUAGAGGUGAUCGUGCACAAGGACGACACCAGCAAAGAGCUGCUCGAGUGGGGCUCCAGAGUCUCCGCCGCCAACAGCCGCCCACCGAAUCCCCAGUAG